CUUCGUGCGAUCUUCGCUCUGCUCAUUCGGUUGUCGUCUCUCGUCGCCGUUUGAUCCGUGGCUCGAGUCCAGCAGUGAUUCCUCCGGCCGCCGUCGAGCUCGAAUCUCUUUAACUUCACGCUGCGACGUUCGCCGCCGCCGCCGCCGCCGCCGCCGCGCGACGGAGAUUGGUGGCUCCCGAGGCGAGUCGGAACCGGCGGAAUCAGUAGGUAUCCUUCUUCCGGUUUUUCCGAUUGCGGAACCAGUCCCGCGCGAUGUCGCUUUACCUACCGCGUUUCGGCGAUCCUUCUGGACUUCGGUCGACCUCGUUUCGAGAGGCGCACGAGGUGGCUUGAGAGGCUGACGAUGGAGCUUUACCAUGUCUUUUAGUUUAUGAUUUGAGAUUUGAGGGACGCAUCGUCUUUUGAGUGGGGGAAACCCUGUAGAGCUGCCGGAGUGAGCUACCAGGAAAAAGAGAACAAUGAUUAAGGCGGUGAUGGUUAUGAACACCCAGGGCAAGCCUCGCCUUGCCAAAUUCUAUGAUUACGAGCCUGUGGAGAAGCAGCAGGAGCUCAUUCGCAGUGUUUUUGCAGCUUUGAGCAGUAGAGCUGAAAAUGUGAGCAAUUUUGUGGAGGCUGAUGCAAUUUUUGGUCUGGACAGUCGUCUAGUGUACAAGCAUUAUGCCACACUGUACUUUGUCUUUGUGUUUGAUAGCUCAGAAAAUGAGCUGGCAAUGCUUGACCUGAUACAAGUUUUUGUGGAGACGCUGGACAAAUGCUUCAAAAAUGUAUGCGAGCUUGAUAUAGUGUUCAACUAUGGCAAGAUGCAAACUAUUCUAGAUGAGAUUGUUUUUGGUGGCCAGGUCCUUGAGACAAGUUCUGCAGAGGUUAUGAAGGUUGUUGAAGAAAUAUCAAGCUGGAAGCUGCCUCAAAUGCUAUCACAUUUGUUCCCAAAACUGUUUCUAAUUGGCGGGGCCGGUAGCCAUUAUCUACCAGAUUGUGAAGAAGUCAAAACUAAUGCUAACUCCGCCUUUCCCUUUUCCUACGAGUCGGUGAGAGUGCAACUCUAAUUCCAAAACAGAUCCUGGAGGGACUCCAUGAACAGAUUGUUCAUUCUUUUCUCCUUAUUCUUCUUUUGGAUUUCCACAGCUUUGUUCAUUCCAGUUGUAACGAAAGUCAUAGACCCAUGUGUACAUACGGUUUGCUGUUUGUUGAAAUAUUAUUGCACAUCGAAUGAAAACAGGUCUUAGAUACUCUUUAUAUU